AUGGCGGAGGAGGAGAAGCGGCAGAUCGCGCGCACCCUGAAGCAGGAGUAUGACGAGAAGCAGGCCCGCCUGCGGAACCUGGAGCAGCAGAAGCGGGCGGUGGAGGCCAGCCUGCGGCGAGCGGCCUUCACCGCGGCACAGCUGGAUGAGAUGCCCGAAGACGUGCGCACCUACCGCGCUGUGGGCAAGGCCUACUUCCUGCAGCCCAAGUCUGCCAUCAUGGGCCACCUGGAGGAGGCGGUGCGCGGCAGCGACGGCGAGCUGAAGAAGCUGAGCAGCAGCCGCGAGGCGCUGGCCAAGGCCGCGGACAGCCUGCGGGGAGAGCUGACGGAAGUGGUCGCUUCGCUGCGCCGCGGCUGA